AUGGAACGGCAUCUAGCUGAGGCUUUGGAGCAGACAGAUGAUAUUAUUGAGACUGUCCAGCAUGAGCCUCCUCCAGCCAGACCGCUGUCUCCUGGGGAAAAAUCUCUUCAUGACAAACUGUAUGACAUUUAUGUUGAAGAAUGUCAAAAAGAGCCAGAUGCAGGGGGGCUUCAACACAAUGUCAACUUGCUAGAGAAGCUUCUGAGGAGAGAGGCAUUGCCAUGUUUAGUGGUCAACCUCUACCCCAAAAAUCAGGGCUAUUCUCUCAUGCUGAAGGACAAAGAUGGAGUCCUUAUUGAGCCCUGUCCGGUGCCUUAUUUAGGACAGAAACUGCUUGAAUACUUGGAUGCUGAAGAGCUACCUUCUUUUCUGAUUGAUGUCCUGGACAAGUCUCCUGUGAAUGUUUUUCACCAUGGGUGUGUCAUAGCAGAAAUCCGAGACUACAGACAAUGCAGUAAUGUCCACCCUCCUGGGGAGCUUGGUGCAGAGCCUGCUGUGUCCUCUGAUGUGUCCUCUGCCUGGUCCUCUGCUGCAUCAUCUGCUGAGUCAUCUGCUGUGCCGUCUACUACAUCGCCUCCUGCUUACCAAACUCGGCAUAUUCUCUUACGUCCCACGAUGCAGAGUCUAGUAAGUGAUGUAGAGUCCAUUACAAGUGAUAACCGGCAGUGGACUGAGGAAGAAAAACUUGAGCUUGAGAGCCAACUGAUUUUAGCAACAGCUGAGCCACUGUGUCUGGAUCCCUCCGUUGCUGUCGCCUGCACAGCCAACAGACUGCUGUUUAAUGAGCAGAAGAUGAUGACAGACUCUAUAAGACAAUGCUUUACAAGUCAGGAGUGGUCCUUUCUAGAUCUGGAAGAAGAACAGUAUAUAUGUACAACUCCCCCUGAUGUUUCAACAGGGGUUGCUUGCAGAAAAGAAGCAGAAACCAAACCAGGUGACCAAAAUGAGCUGAAGCUCGCUGAAGCAGGAAAGUGUGUAGAUGCCCAGAAGCAGGGACCCUGUGAACUGGAGGCCCCAGGAGAGGUGGAUGUGCAUAAAUAUGCUACAGGGAAGCAAACCAUGCCCUGUGAUGAUGCAGAGUCAACAGCCCGGCCUCCUCCUGAGGUUACUGGCACGGAGGCAAUAAGUAAGAACCUAAAGCGCAGUCUUCCAGACUGCUUCUUGCAUGCCUACAGUUGUCUGAGGCUGGUAAAUGGGAAGCCCUCCUCCUCUGCCCCCACCCCGUUUCGUCCUCAUCAGUUGUUUGACACUGCCCACCUCAUCUCAGUUCCUCAUCUCAGGGGACUGGGCUGCCCUGCCUUUUAG